AUGAAACAUACUCUUGAUCAGUUUCAGGGAGGUAGAUGCCAGAGAAAAGAAAGAUACACUUGUCGUCAUGACAAGAAUAAAUUAUAUAUCCAUUUUAGCUUCCUAUACCAGACUCUGAUUUCAGGAGAUGUAUUCGGGGAACGGAUCUAUAACGACCAUAUUAAUGUAAAACUGAAAGAAGGGACUUACUCAAGGCAAAAUACCAUCUUACUAUACGGGACACAGUUGAAAUGUGAUGUAGAUAGGAAGAUAAAAAAAAAAAGGGGAAUAAUUGUUCAUUUUACAAAGGGGUUUUCGGAAUUACGAUCCCCCUUCAGCGACAGAGAAGCCCCCUAUCAUUAG